AGUGCCCCGCACUGGGACUACCCUGGCACCUACGUCAGUGCCAACACCCAGACCCACGCCCACUGGCGCAUCGAGCUGGUGUUCCUGGCCAGGGGGGACUCUGAGAACAACAUCUUCACCACCGAGCGCCUGGUCACCAUCCACGAGGUCGAGCGCAAGAUCAUGGACCACCCUCGCUUCAGGGAGUUCUGCUGGAAGCCCCACGAGGUCUUGAAAGACCUGCCCCUGGGCUCCUACUCCUACUGCUCCCCUCCCAGCUCCCUCAUGACCUAUUUCUUCCCCACGGAGAGGGGAGGGAAGAUUUACUACGAUGGCAUGGGGCAAGACCUGGCUGACAUCCGAGGGUCCCUGGAGCUGGCCAUGACCCACCCCGAGUUCUACUGGUAUGUGGACGAGAGCUUGUCUGCUGAGAACAUGAAGAGCUCCCUGCUGAGGAGCGAGAUCCUCUUUGGGGCCCCACUCCCCAACUACUACUCGGUGGAGGACCGCUGGGAGGAGCAGCGCCACAAGUUCCAGAACUUUGUCAUCACCUACGUGGCCAUGCUGGCCAAGCAGUCCACCAGCAAAGUCCAGGUGCUGUAUGGAGGGACAGAUUUGUUUGACUAUGAAGUGAGGAGGACUUUUAACAAUGACAUGUUGCUGGCCUUCAUCAGCAGUAGCUGCAUAGCUGUCUUGGUCUACAUCCUUACCUCGUGCUCAGUGUUCCUGUCGUUCUUUGGCAUUGCCAGCAUUGGGCUAAGCUGCCUGGUGGCUCUGUUCCUGUACCACGUGGUGUUUGGGAUCCAGUACCUGGGAAUACUCAAUGGUGUGGCUGCCUUUGUCAUCGUGGGGAUUGGGGUUGAUGAUGUCUUUGUGUUCAUCAACACCUACCGCCAAGCCACCCACCUGAAGGACCUGCGGCUGCGCAUGAUCCACACCGUGCAGACAGCAGGGAAGGCCACCUUCUUCACCUCCCUCACCACGGCUGCAGCCUAUGCUGCCAACAUCUUCUCUCAGAUCCCAGCUGUUCAUGACUUUGGCCUCUUCAUGUCACUGAUAGUGUCCUGCUGCUGGGUAGCUGUGCUCUUCACCAUGCCAGCUGCUCUUGGAAUAUGGACCCUUUAUGUGUCCCCAGUAGAGAGCUCCUGCCAAACCAGCUGUAGUCAGAAGUGCACCAAGAAGAGUGCCUUGCACCUGGCUGAAGAUCUCUACGUUGCCUCAGAGGCCACCUCCAGAGCAGGCAGAGAGACCCUUCCCUAUCUUGAUGAUGACAUCCCCCUGCUCAGCGUGGAGGAGGAGUCUGUCUCCCUGGAAAUGGGGGAUGUCCCCUUGGUGUCUGUGAUGCCAGAAAAUCUGCAGCUCCCAGCAGAGAAGAGCAACCGUGGUCACUUGAUAACUCAUCUGCAGGACCUGCUGGAACACUGGGUGCUGUGGUCUGCAGUGAAGAGCAGAUGGGUGAUUGUGGGGCUCUUUCUCCUUGUUUUGCUCCUGUCCAUAUUCUUUGCAAGCCGCCUCCAUCCAGCCAGCCGUGCUCCAGUUCUGUUCCGGCCAGACACGAACAUCCAGGUGCUGCUAGACCUGAAAUACAACCUGAGUGCUGAAGGGAUCUCCUGCAUUACCUGCUCAGGUUUGUUUCAGGAAAAGCCCCACAGUUUGCAGAACAACAUCCGAACCUCCUUGGAGAAAAAGAAGAGGGGCUCAGGGUCACCUUGGGGAAGCAAAGGGAGCAUAAGUGAUACAGGGCAGCAAGAUCUCCAGGGGACUGUGUAUAUCUCCAAGUCCAGAAGCAAGGGAAGGCCAGCCAUCUACAGAUUCUCACUCAAUGCCAGUGUCCCUGCUCCCUGGCAGAUGGUGUCACCGGGAGACGGGGAGGUGCCUUCAUUCCAGGUGUAUAGAGUGCCUUUCGGUAACUUCACCAGGAAGCUGACAGCUUGUGUGUCCACAGUAGGGCUGCUUAAGCAGACGAGCCCCAGGAAGUGGAUGAUGACCACCUUGUCCUGUGACACCAAGAGAGGCUGGAAGUUCGACUUCAGUUUCUACGUGGCCGCCAAGGAGCAGCAGCGAACACGGAAGCUGUACUUUGCCCAGUCUCACAAGCCCCCGUACCACGGCCGGGUGUGUGCUGCCCCUCCUGGCUGCCUCCUCAGCUCCAGCCCCGACGGCCCCACCAAAGGCAUCCUCUACGUCCCCAGCGAGAAAGCAGCACCCAGGGCCAAGCUGUCGGCCACCUCUGGCUUUAACCCCUGCCUGAAGGCGGGCUGCGGGAAGCCGGCGGUGCGGCCGCUGGUGGACACGGGAGCCAUGGUCUUCGUGGUCUUUGGCAUCAGGGGAGUGAACCGAACGAGGGGCCUGGACAACCACGUCAUUGGAGACAUGGGCAGCGUUAUCUACGAUGACAGCUUCGACCUCUUCAAAGAGAUUGGCAACCUGUGCCGCCUCUGCAAAGCCAUCGCCAGCAACGCCGAGCUGGUGAAGCCAGGAGGGGCUCAGUGCCUGCCCUCUGGUUACAGCAUCUCCUCCUUUCUGCAGAUGUUGCACCCUGAGUGCAAGAACAUCCCUGAGCCAAACCUGCUGCCUGGGCAGCUCUCUCAUGGGGCAGUGGGGGUGAAGGAUGGGAAGGUGCAGUGGAUCUCCAUGGCAUUUGAAUCGACCACCUACAAAGGGAAGUCAUCCUUCCAGACGUAUGCUGACUACCUGAAAUGGGAAACCUUCCUGCAGCAGCAGCUCCAGCUCUUCCCAGAGGGCUCUGCUCUCAGGCAUGGUUUCCAGACCUGUGAGCACUGGAAGCAGAUCUUCAUGGAGAUUAUAGGAGUGCAGAGUGCCCUGUACGGCCUGGUCCUCUCGCUGGUUAUUUGUGUGGCUGCAGUGGCAGUGUUCACCACUCACAUCCUCCUCCUGCUGCCAGUGCUGCUCAGCAUUUUAGGGGUGGUCUGCUUGGUGGUGACCAUCAUGUACUGGUCGGGCUGGGAAAUGGGAGCUGUGGAAGCCAUUUCCCUCUCCAUCCUGGUGGGCUCCUCUGUGGAUUACUGCGUGCACUUGGUGGAGGGCUACCUGCUGGCAGGGGAAAACCUGCCACUGCACCACGCAGAG